ACUCCAUUUCUCUAUGCCAAUCAAUCAUGAGUGAUUUCAAAACCCUAAAACAUCCAAGAGGUUGAUGAUUUCUACGCUUGACGAUAAGUCGUCUGUGUUAACAAACAUGACCAAUAUUCCUUGCAUUUUCCAGUAUCCUAUAUCUACUGGCCAUACUUGAUUGGAACGAUGUCCUCGGGGGUGUUCAAUGAUUACAUUGCAGGAGCACUAGGAGGUUGUGCUGGUCUUAUAGCAGGGCAUCCAUUUGAUACAAUUAAGGUCCAGCUUCAGACACAGAAUCAUGAAGGACUGGUGUCUUGCUUCAAGAAAAUCUCUUCAUCAAACCUGAGCUCAGGAUUCUUCCGUGGUUUAGCGUUCCCUCUUUGGUCAUAUGGUUUCCUCAAUGCAGUAUUCUUCGGUGUCUAUGGCAACACGCUACGUUGGUUAACAGAGGGAAAGGAUGUCGAGAAAAACAAGCGUUAUUUCGAUAUUUACAUGGCUGGAGCUAUUGCUGGGGCUGCACAAGUCAUCCCGGCAUGUCCAUUAGAGGUCAUCAAGGUCACGCUGCAAUCGCAGAUCAAAACAGCAUCAACUACAAAGGGAGAAUACUACAAGGGACCAUGGCACUGCCUCAAGGCAUCUGGCAUGAGGGGCUGCUAUCGGGGCUUCUCUGGACAAUGCCUUCGUGAUAUACCAUCAUUUGGCACCUAUAUCGUAGUUUACGAGUGGAUGCAUGAUUGGAUUAGUGAACAGUCUUGGGCUGAUAGCCGAGGUAUUGUAGCAGGCCUGUUCGGUGGUGGCAUCAGUGGCAUAAUCAGUUGGGGCUGUAUCAUACCCCUCGACUGUAUAAAAAGCAGACUUCAGAGUGACACUACAAACAAGUACAAUGGUGUUAUCGACUGUGCUAUUAAAAGCUACAAAAGUGAUGGAUUACGUUGUUUCUUUAGAGGCAGUGCUGCAGUCAGUUUGAGGGCCUUUCCUGUGAAUGCAAUAACUUUCUUUGUUUAUCGCGAGACUUUAAAUGAAUUAAACAAACUUGAUUCACGGAGUGAAGUGAUUUGUGGGCAAAUCGUUAGUGAUAGCUGAUGAUAAAUGCCUAUCUCAUUCGCACUUCAUCUGUAAACUUUAUUACUUUCACAUGGACCUGGUGAUGUAGGGUUUUUUUUCUUCACACAUGAUGAAACUUUGAAAAGAAACUCAUCAAGAAACACUCAAGUAAAAGCAUGAGCCUUGAAUGGCCCAGUCAGAAAGCUCAUGCAGAAUAGGCUUUGAGCAGAUGACACUAGAUAUCAUCUCACCACUGGUGUAUGUAAUCUUUAUACCUGUGAAUGGACGGCAAGCCCUUUCCCCAUGGAUUGGAUCUUCUUUUACA